AACCGGAAAUUGAUCUGAAUCAGUUUGGUAUGUUUCCGAUAUUAAGGUACCCAUGCGUAUAUAUAACGAUGAUUGGUUUCAUUAUAUUUGCAUAUAUGUUAUAACAAACAGUUCAGUAUAUAAUACCUAAUAUUUCCGGCCGGUCUAAUCCCUACGCCUAACAUGCGGCCGGUAAUUAGACCUAUUACUGCCUUUUAAGCCAAUAAGGGUCCCUAUAUAACUAUCUUCCUCGCUCGCAUAUCUCACAAACCUGGCCCGAAUUCGCGUCCUGUGUGUCAACGUGGUCUCUUAGAGUCAAGCAACAUUAUCGUCAUGGCUGCAGCAGAGUUGGAUUUAGUGAACCGCGACCCGAACAGCAUCAACGAUCAUUUGCAGUGCAAAUUUGAAGAUGUUUUCGCCGAGCCCGAUGGCACCCAUAGCAUCGACUGUGUCUGGAAGCUCGCCUAUACUUGCUUCAACUGUUGGAAGGGGCUCUGCUACAGGAUCUCGACCCUGCUCUGUGGCAUGUGUAUCGCCGCCGAGUGGGGCUGCGAAUUCGCCUAUAUCUCCUUCUUCCACAUCUGGUUCUUUACUCCCUGCUUCAAGAUGCUGGACAUCAACUGCGGGGCGCUCAAGCGUCUGUACGGCCAGUGUGUCAACUGCUGCAUCGAGCCGUGCUGUAUGGCGUGCGGGCUGGUCUUCCAUCAGUUCAAGAAAUAAUUGAACUUUCCGAACAUUUGAGGCCCGUUCUUGGAAAAAUGGACUAUUGCAUGUGCCCCACGUGUUGUUCCAGAUUAGCCUGUGCAAUCUGCGACGACACUUUCUGCCCUAAACUGGAUUUUCGUUUAGAAAAGAUUUCCCUUAAACGAAAAAUAAGUGUCGCCCCUGAUAAGCAUUUGCGAACUGCACAUGAUAUUAUGGGAGGACACUUCGUGCACGUGUAUUAAGCCCAGUUUUUCCUGAACGCGGCCCAUUUGCUCUUUCAUAAAUUCAUAAAUUAAAAAAAAUAGCUUUGCAAAAAUCUAAAUGCUUUUUUGCCUUGGGUUAUACUCUCUUGGCAUGCAAAUAUAUAUGUGUGAUUUAACACUAGAUUGCUUAUUUUA